AUGGAACCUGAUUCACCCACAAUGAAUAGAUUGUCACUUUCGAAUUAUUUAGAUUCUUGUCCUAAAAGAUUUGGAUAUAGGCUAACUGAAGAUGCACAACAAAAAAUACUCGAACAACUAUUUUCAGAGUUCUGGAGAUCUAACGAAGAGUAUAAACCAUUAUUUUUUCCAAAUGGGCUUGUAGAGAGUCCUAAUGUAUAUAAACUAAGUCUUGUCGAUGGGGAAGAAAUGAACGAGUACUCUCCCUCACAGAAAGGAAAAGCUUGUGAUCAUGAGGGACAUGACAUUACUUUUUCUAUAAAUUCUGGUUCUGGUGGUUGUUGUGAUUGCGGUGAUGAGGAGGCCUGGAAAAGACCUAUUCGGUGUUCCUAUCAUACAUUAGGCAUAUCAUCAGAUUUUAACAACUAUGAAACAAUACAAUAUGAGGAACAAUUGCCACAUGAUCUCAUUAAUUCUAUUCAUGAAACUGUUUCCACAGUCCUUGAUUUUAUGUUAGAUACAUUAACAACUUCUCCUGAGAUGAGCCCUCCUCUUAAUGAAGAUGAGGUUAGGCGGGAUGCUUUAAAAGCGGGUUAUUUUAUCAGAGACUCGAUAAAUAAUUCUGAAGAAGAAAAAUUGUUCGCUGUUGUGCUUUGGAACGAUGAACACCAUUCUUUUGAUGAAGUAAUAGCUCGAAUCGUGGAAGCAACCCAACGCAGUCAAGCUGAUGCAAAGCGCAUGGCAGAAACAGUCGACUCUUAUAUCAUCGAAAUAUCCGAAGAUAUUCCUCGACUUAUUACCAUAGCAAGGACUAUAUCACAAAUAGGACUGGCGGUCACAGUGAGAUCUGCACGGGAUACUUUUCGUGAAGGAAUGUGUGGUCUUUUCAUUGAUUGGUUAAAGGAUCUUGCUGGUGGAAAAAUAGGUAAAAAUUCUACAAUAUUAAAGGAGAUAAUCUGUGAAGAGCUUUGUAAAGAAUGGAAGAGACAUCGCCGCGUUAAGGUAACUAAAGAAAAACCCAAGAAUUUCGAUGAUGCGUUUGAUGAUAGGAAAGGUGAAAAUAUUCAAGCGGAAAAUGGAGAUAUGAGUGACGAUGAAGUAAUGGUAUUCGUAGAUCAUGAUAAUGGCAUGAAUAUCGAGGAUGAUGCAUCUACUGAGUGUAAUCAAUCUACUGAGUAUAAUAUUGAUGAUGAUAUAUCAAUGGACGAAGAAUCAAACGACACCAUAGAGCUUAUGGAUGAAGAUGAAUAUAUAUUAUGUCAAUCUAUCGAAGAUUUCAAAAAGGAACUGCGACUAGAUAAGUUGUUACUAUUAGAUUUAAGGCUUUGGAAAGCGGCACGAGCAGGUCUUAGAGAGUUAUAUGUAGCGUCUUUGAUUGUGAGUAUUCGGUUUGCUCGUAAUUAUGUCAAACUUGCAAAGGCAUUUCUUACUCCAGAUCGUGAACCUGAGCAUUCUAUUGUCCUUUUCUCUGUUCAACUCUUUACUGUACCUUCUAUAUCUACCAUCCUUGUCACACAAUACAACUUCCUUUCCACAAUAUUUGCAAUACUUCACACAUUUUUCACUUCAGAUACAGUUGGAGGCCCUAUAAAUUUACGUGCAAAAAUCGAUUGUGAUUCCGACAGUUUUAAAAAUCGACGCUAUUUUCACAUAUUUCAAGAUCUUCGGUACAUCAUUAGCAACGAUAUUGUAAAAAAGGCAGUUCCAAACCAACAUUAUUAUCUUGCCCAGUAUCUCAAUUUGAUUGCUUUGUUCCAAGGAAUGAACCCUAAUGUGCGUGCUACUCAGCAACACGUUGAAUAUGAGAAUGAUAGCUGGGUAAAUGCGUUCAAUGCUACUUUACAGAUAGCCAAAAGUUGUCGUCAGUUUUCCGAGUGUUACGCUGUAGAUACUGCAACAUUAUGCACGACCAUUCACAUGGUCUUACGAAAAUUAUAUGAAAUAUGUGUGAGGAGUGAAGAUGAUGUAGACAAAAUGGAUGAAACAAAUGAUGAACAUCCAAAGGAAGCUGUAACUCCUGAUUGGGUAACAUCCGCUCCUAAUUCACAUGGGCCACUUGCAAGUACUACCAAAUCGUCGGAUAGAAGUGAUGAUAAGGAUGGCAUUAGUUCCCCUAUACGCGAGCCAGAAUUUCACGAUGUAACUUUUCCACAGAACAAUUAUUUACUUUCCUUCAAGGUUGUAAAGUUUGAAGUUGCUUCGCAGCCUGUAAGCUUUCAUCACCCAUUACACUGGUUUUUGGCUGAAUUGCUAGAACAUGUAGAUUUAUUGGAUGACGAUAUUUUAAAGCAAUAUGGGUUGGAUAGUUUACAGAAUAUGAUAUUAGGAUUUAAUGCUGGAAGCGCGGAAACAAGUUUAGUAAAUCAAAAAGCUAUAGAAAAAAUUUUGGGUGUUCUAGAUUAUCCGUUGAGAGUGUUGGUACUUCUAGCCCAGAUUCGCGCUGGAUUAUGGGUGCGAAAUGGUUUUGGCAUUCGCGGUCAGUUUUCCCUUCGAGAAAAUACUUAUGACGAGGACAUCUUUCUUAUUCAGACUGCAAUGAUUAUUUUGGAUCCAAAUUUGGUUCUCGCUACUAUCUUGGACCGAUUUGACCUUGUAGAUUGGUUUAAUGGUGGAACUACACACAAUAUAUAUGAUACUUCACAAUUAAUAUUCAUUGCGGAAGAACUAUUAGCACUCUUGAUUAUUUGUGUCAGUGAACGUGCUAAUGCGGCUGGAUUGACCGUUGAACAAGAGAUUAGGCGAGAAAUAAUUCACGGGUUGUGCUUAGGUUCCAUAGCGUAUUCGGAAUUGACAAAACGUAUACCAGACCGUCUUACACAGGAUCCACUGUUUGACGACAUAUUAAAACAACUUUCCCAUUAUCGUCCCCCGGAUACAUUAACUGAUCAUGGGCUAUAUGAGCUUAAUGAUCAGUAUUUUGAAGAAGUAGAUCCUUAUUUUAUACAUUAUUCGCGAAACAAUCGCGAAGAAGCGGAAGAAGCUUUGAAAAAUAGAAUGAAGAAAAAAAUGGAUAAUCUCGAAAAACAAAACACACCAUUAAUCAUACCAAAAUUGAUUCCGAUUACCAAAAAAAUUAAAUCAGACACGCUGAUAGAUGAAGCACUUCAUCUAGCUAUGCUAGCCUUAUCAGACGAAAAUAAUGAUAUUAUUCGGGAAAACAAGCGAAAGGGCAAGCAAAAAGCAAUCGAUGCCCCGAUAUCAACAGAUAUUGAUGAGGGCUUGCCUGGGUUCAUGUAUUAUGCCACAUUCGAUUACUUCCACGAGACAAACAAUAGCGCAAUGGAAGCUCAUGACACAAGCUUAUUAGAAUUAUUACUUCAAUUUUCUUGCGAGCAAAGUUUCAAAGAAUUUCAUCACAAAAUAGCUUUUAUCAUCAAUAAGUUUGAACAGCUGGGUAGUGAUAUGGCUAAAAUGGCCAUCUCUAAGCAUUAUGAGAAAAUUCGACUCGAAUCGCAGUCAAAAACGGGAGAAGAAGAUGGGCUUUCGGAAUAUGAACGGAAAAAACAGGCCGCUAAAGAAAGACAAAAAAAGAUUAUGGAACAGUUCGCUAUUGCACAAAAAAGUUUUAUAGAUAAGCAUGAGGAAUUAUAUGAUAAUGAUGAAAUGGAUCAGGAUUGGGAAAUUCCAUCUACCGGAGAUCAAUUAGAAGUUGAUGUUAUAAAAAGCUCAGAGACUUUUUGGUCAUAUCCCACAGGAACUUGUAUAGUUUGUCAAGAAGAAACUAAUGCAUCAUCGCUUUAUGGUAUAUUGGGACUUGUUCAGCCAUCCAAAUUGUUGCGACAUACACCAUUUGACGAUAAAGAUUAUGUUUUUGAAGCAAUUAAUUGUCCCGAGAAUUUAGAUCAUAAAUAUGAUCGUUCAGUCCCGUAUGGAGUUGCAUCUUUAGCUUGUAAUGUGGGAGUGUCUGAAUCAUCAGCUCCAUCUCGUCCUUUUUCGAGUAAAGGCUUUCCGUCCGAUUCUUGCCGAUUAGGAUCAUAUGCUUCGACUUGUGGACAUUUGAUGCAUGUAAAAUGCUUUGAUACUUAUUUCUUGUCACUGGAACAACGUCAUCAACUACAAUUAGCAAGAAACCAUCCAGAAAAUGUCAGUCGUAAAGAAUUCAUGUGCCCAUUGUGCAAGAGUUUGGGUAAUGUUUUAUUCCCGGUCGUUUGGAAAGUAAAGAGGGAGAUUCAUUCUGAAAAUUUAGGCGAAAGUGUCAAUUUUGAAACGUGGAUGUGCGAUAAAAUCGGUUCUAUCAUUGAAAAGUUUGACAUAAAUGCUGAGUCAUUUGCAUCACGAUCGCUUGUUCCGCUUUCAGAUCUCGAAUUUGCUCGUCGAAAUUCAUCAUUUGCCCCUCGAACAUCUACCGAAAAUCGGGAUUUUACUAAUAAUACUGUAUUACCGGCACAGACUCAAGCUCUUGCCCAAACAAUUCCUAACCAACAAAGGAGGAAUAGCAAUGGUCCUGGUAGACUUAGAGACGCGUUUACUCAAAUUGUGCAACACAUGCUAAGAACUCCGACCACACAGGACGUGCCUACUACUGUUACAGAUGAACUAUCAGCGCUUUCGACACCAACCUCGUCUAGAACCGAUGGAUCCACAACUUCAGAGGAUGAAGAUCAGGAGAUAAUCCGUAGGAUGUAUAAUCGCUUAGCAGAAGUUGUACAGAUCUCAUAUCAGAACAUUCUAGGUGAUAUCUCUCGUCAAAGUAUGCGACAUAUAAAUGUUGAGUGUAUUUGGGAUUUAUUUGGUUAUACGAUAUCUUGCGUAGAAAUAUCUCAACGAGGUGUUGGUGAAAAUCUUCCAGGAACUACUAUAGUUGACAGCUUAAGUACACAGACACUAACUAUUCUUAGAAUUCUUUCGGAAACUAUUAUCACUUAUAUUAACACAAUGUUAGCCAAUGAAUCUGAUGAGACUAAUUUGAAACAAAUGGCUUCCUAUAGAAUUCAUCAAAUAUUUUAUGGGCACCCUAUAAUACAACAGCAAGAGAGCACCACGAUAUCUAGUUCUAUUAAUGGUGAUUCAAUACAGACUCAUGAGAAAUCUGAUUCAGGUUUAUCAAUAAAGACAAAACCUUUGUUACUAGAAGAUCCCUUUUUAUUACUUGUUGAAUGCAGCAUGAACAUGAUAUCGGUACUCGAAGAUGAAAUUAGCCAUUUUAUACGAAUACUAUUUGUAGCCGAAGUCAUCAAAGUAAUAAUUUCUGUUACUGAAUCGGCAACCAAUAACAAGACUAGGGCUUGGAGAGAUGAAUUAAAUCUUAACAAAGAUUUCACCACUGAGUAUGCGCUUCCAGAAUCAGAAGAUUCUUCGAUUAAGGACUUUGUUUUAUGGCAAAAUGAGUUUGCAAGAUUGAGCAAGCUAUUAAGACUUCCUUCAUUGGAAGAGAUUUGUUCGUUAAAAGAAACAAACAGAAGUAUGCUUGUAAUUAUCGCAGGUUGGUGUAGUCAUUUGAACAUUCUUAGGCGGAAACCAUCAUCUAUAGCCGACUUGUCGGGAAGUCCAAAUGAUUCCAGCUAUUCACAAGAACCAUUGGCCGUCACAAUCAACCAUCCAGCCAUAUUCGAAUUGGUAGGCUUACCAAAGAGAUUAGAUUCUUUAUUCGAAGAAAGCAUGAGAAGAGCAUGCAAAAAAUGUAAAACUGUUCCAAAUGACCCGGCCUUGUGUCUGUUAUGUGGUACUUUUGUAUGUAGUCAAAGUUAUUGUUGUUCCGAUGAGACUCGUGGUGAAUGUUACAUUCAUGCUAAAAG